AUUUUGUAGAUGUUACAGUUGACUGAAGAGAACAGCCAAGUUUCAGUUAAAGUUUGCAGUUGAUAUUGUUCAUCAGCAUUGGAUAUGACCGAUAAAACCAGCGAUGGAUCGAAGAAGAAAGCACGUACAUUUGAUUUUAUGGACAUGUUUAAGGAGGCCAGACAAACUGCCUUAGAACGUAACCAAGGUAAAUUUGAGGAUGACAAAAACAGUGAAGAUAUUGAUAAUGAAGACAUCAUAGGCCCACCUCCACCAGCUGCUCAUAAAUCUACUAAAGAAGCCGAAUCUUCAAAAUCUCAAAUUUCAACAAACUCUAAGCCAUCUUGCAAAAGUAGUGAUGAGGAGGAUAUGAUAGGGCCCCCACUUCCUCCAGGUAUAGGAUCCAAAACAGAUGCAGAUGAAGAUGAUGAAAUGAUAGGUCCUCCAUUACCUCCUGGUUUGUCCAUGUCAAAAGAUUCAGAUGAUGAAGAGGAGGAAGAAGAAGAGACUUUAGAUGAGAAAAUUCCUUCUUCUCACGAGAUAUCUCUUGACCAUGGAUCCAAAGCUGUUUCUGCCUUAGCCCUGGACCCUGCAGGAGCACGGCUUGUAACAGGUGGACACGACUUUAUUGUCAAGUUUUGGGAUUUUGCUGGAAUGGAUCAGAGUUUACAGUCAUUCAGGAACAUUAAGCCAUGUGAAAGUCAUCACUUGAAACAGUUGCAGUACAGUGCCACAGGUGAAAUGAUUCUGAUUGUAGCAGCUAAUUCCCGUGCCAAAGUCAUGGAUCGUGAUGGAUUUGAGAAGCUGGAAUGUGCUAAGGGAGACCCCUAUUUGGUGGACAUGGCUAGUACAAAGGGGCAUACAGCUAUGCUAAAUGGUGGUUGCUGGAAUCCCAAAAUGAAAGAAGAGUUCAUGACAUGUUCCAAUGAUGGUACCGUGAGAUUGUGGGAUGUAAACACAGAGGGGAAGAAACACAAGAACUGCAUCAAGCCAAAGUCUCAGCAGGGGAGGAAACUAGUACCCACAGCUUGUACUUACAGUAAUGAUGGCCGCUGGGUGGCAGCAGCAUGUCAGGAUGGAUCAAUUCAAAUCUGGGAUCAUAAUAAAAACUUUGUAAAUGUGGCACUCCUAAACAGAGGAUGUCAUAUGAAUGGUACAGACACUUCCUGUUUAUGUUUCUCUUAUGAUGGACAAUGUUUGGCAUCUAGGGGAGGUGAUGACACACUUAAAUUAUGGGACAUAAGGAAUUUCAAGAAACCUUUAAAAGUGCGAGAAAAUUUGGUCAGCUAUUAUCCAGUAACUGACUGCAUCUUCAGUCCUGAUGACAGAAUGGUAUUAACAGGAACCUCUGUAAAGAAACACGGGGAUGGAAAACUUAUCUUUAUGGAGCGAGAGUCCUUAGAUACUGUGUCUGAAAUUACAGUGAAUGAAUCUAGUGUUGUACGGUGUAUAUGGCAUCCCAAACUGAACCAGAUAGUCAUUGGCUGUAGUGAUGGAAAGGCUCGUCUGUUUUAUGAUCCAGACAAGAGUCAUAGAGGAGCUAUGCUUUGUAUGGUAAAGCAACCUAGAAAAUCCAAGCAGGUGCUGGCUAUGGCAUCACAACAAAUCAUAACACCAUAUGCAUUGCCAAUGUUCAAAGAAAACAAAUCCACAAGUACAAAGAAAUUUGAGGAGAAAGUCCGAAAGGAUCCUGUUAAAUCUAAACGACCAGAUUUGCCCAUCACAGGACCAGGUGAGGGUGGUCGGAUCGGUAUGAAAGGCGCUACACUGGCUCAGUAUGUGGCUCAGAGUCUGGUGAAGAGGAAACCUGACAAAUAUGAAAACGACCCCAGGGCAGCUAUUUUAAGACAUGCCAAGGAGGCAGCAGAAAAUCCAUUCUGGAUUGACCCUGCCUACAAAAAGACCCAACCCCAAAAACUCUUCCAGGAGGAAGAGAAGGAGGAGGAGGAAGAUCCAGAUGAACCAGUCUGGAAGAAACCCAAAGUUUGAUUCAAAUUCAAAAGCCAGACUGCAGGUCAGUCUCCACCAUUAACUGAAUUCUCCGUGAGAGGAUGUGAAAAUGAAUGAAGUUUUUCAUUUCUCAUUAUCCAUGAUAAUAGAAAAAUGGGAAAUGCAGACAGGUCAAUUCUUAAUCAGAUUCCAAUGAGUUUGAAUGACUGAAAACAAGGCAUGAAGGUGAUUCUGUGUUUUACAAUUUAUUUGAACACUAAUAAUGAAGUAUUUGCCCUCAGUAAAGACACUAGAAUUGAAGUGUACAUGUAUAUAAAGAUGUCGUUAUGUAUACUUUUCCUGGGUUUAUUUAAAUUGAAUAUAUAAUUCCUAGAUUUAAAUAAAAUAUCAUUUCAUC